AUGUUAUCAGUCGACGCAUUAACUUUCUUCAGCACUUCCAGAUUGCUAAAUGUUCUUGCUCUAUCAAUACUUGUCUUUGUACUGUACACCAUCAAAUUCUAUGUCUCUUACUUUAAUAGAGACAAUGCACUUCCUGGUCCACUCCCAUUACCUAUAGUAGGCAAUCUCCUCCAAUAUGCUAUGUAUGAAGACAUGGUAGUAUGGGCUGAUACUCUCCGUAAGAAGUAUGGUGACUUGUGGGAACUGUAUAUGGGAUCCGAAAGACACGUAUGGGUCUCGAGAGCCGAUUUAGUAGAAAAAUUGCUUAGUACGUCGACAAAAACUAAUUACAAGUACAGAACAAAUGGGAAUAGAGCAAUCGCCGAAAUUAAAUUGUCGGACCACGGAGUUUUUCUGAAUAGAGAUCUGAAUCUUUGGGCCUUUAAUAGGAAGAUGAUUAAACUCGUGAUGACGUCGAAAGAGUUUAAUGACUAUGUUAUUCAAACCGUGCCAAAGAUGGUCAAUGAAAUGGAAACGUAUUGGACCAAAUUGGGAUAUAUAGGGGAUGCGCGUCAAAAUGAUUUGAAAGACGAUACCAAUAAGCAUGCAACUGUCAGCAACGAUAAAAUCAUUAAUCUUCCAGAUUGGUUCCACGCGUUAACUCUAGACGACAUACUGUACCUAUCUAGUAGCAGAUACGGUUGCGCUCUUGCAUCUCAUUUCCUUUCUCACUCGCCAAAUUCCGAAAUACCUUAUUCGCCUGAAACUAUGAAUUAUGCCAAAGAAUUCCGCGAUUCUUGGACGACAUUUAUGGAGACUGUGAGGACAGCCGUAUUUACGCCUGAUUUCGUUAGGCUGGGAACUCCAAAUGGUUUGAUGAAAAGAAGAAAGUAUCUGAAAAAUUACCAUUGGUUAACCAACAAUCUGUUGACAAUAAUUAGAGAAAAGAGAGCCGAGAUUGAAAAUGAGGUUAACGAUGAUGGGUCAAAGAACAACAAUGACAUCUUGAGAUUAUUACUGGUCACUAAUACCCCUCGUGGACCUAUCGUGAAAAGGGGAUCGGAUGAGAUAGACAAGCCUAUGAGUGAUGAUGAAAUUAGAGGGGUGCUGUUGGAAGUGUUGCUUGGGUCUGUAGAAACUUCUGCUAGUCUCAUGUGUUUUGUCAUCUAUUUUGUCUGUCACAACCCGGAAGUAAAGAAGAAAAUACAGGAGGAGGUCGAUCCUUUGUUCAGAGAUAACCCGAAUAGAAUACUGCAGCUCGAUGACGCGAACAAAAAACUUGAUUACCUUGAAGCGGUCAUUAAAGAAGCCUCGCGGAUUUAUCCUCCUCUGCCCAUUAAUCACAGAGUUGCUACACAGGAUGAUGAAAUCGGUGGAUAUGUGUGGAAGGCAGGAACGCAGUUCAUGAUAGACGUGUUUGGUAUUCAAAACCAUCAAGCACACUGGUCUAAUCCCAAAGAAUUUAAGCCUGAGCGGUUUCUUUCUCAAUCUGAAGAUAUUGUUCCAAAUUCCAUUCAAACAUUUGGGGGAGGACUGCGUAUAUGCCCUGGUAGACAGUACGGAAUGCUUUUUACAAAGAUUGUCCUAGCCUCAUUAUAUAAUAGAUAUGAUAUAGAGUUGGCUAAUGAGAAUGAAAAACCUGCGACCGCAUAUAAGAUUACGCGUUACUGCCAUCGAUUGAGGGUGGCAUUGAAGAAAAGAAGCGCCAUUUGA